UAUUGUGAUUAGCUCUAACUUAAAAGCUCAUAUAUAGAGAGAGAAGCAAAAGACAAUAAUGUACAAUUAUCUUUCUAAAGAGAGAAGCAAAACCUUGAGAAGAAUCGCGGUGAUCUUCAGGUGAAACAGAAUCAAGGGAUGUCAGAGGCGUACGAGAGGGUGAGGGGCGGAAGGCUAGCAUUCAAGGGGGGCGAGCUCGCCACCCGCGACAAACCCAUAGACAAGAAGAAAAAAAAGAAGAAGAACAAGAACAAGCUUCAAGACGACGCCGUUCCGUCCGAGGACCCUAGUAUCAGCGUUGUAGAUCCGGGCGCGGACGCGGCCGAUGUGUACACGAUCGACCCCAUGAAGAAGAUGAAGUACGACGAAUUGUUCCCCGUCGAGACGAAGAAAUUCGGGUACGAUCCCAAGGCCAAGGUCAAGUCUGUCGAGGAUGCCCUAGAUGAUCGGGUCAAGAAGAAGGCCGAUCGAUAUUGUAAAUGAAGCAAACUUGUUUCUGUAGCUAUGUUUUCUUUAGCUGGUACUGGAUUAGACUGGGCUUGUGUACUAUUUGAUGAUGAAAACAAGAUCAUUAAUUUGAUUAAGGUUUUUCUGUGAA